AUGGCAGACGUAGAACAGACCGAGACGCCCGAUUAUGUCACGCUGAUCAGCAAUGACGGCUUCGAAUUUUUGGUGCAAACAAGAACGGCUUGUCUCUUCGACCGCAUCAAGAGGAUGCUUGACCCAACCAAGGGCUUCGCAGAAUCAAAGACUCACAGAUGUACGUUCGAGAAUAUCAAUGGCAUGGUGCUCGAGAAGGUCUGCGAGUACUUCUACUACUACGAGAAGAAUCGCGACGCUACUGGUGUCCCUGACCUCGACAUCCCGCCUGAGCUUUGUCUUGAACUGCUCAUGGCGGCCGACUAUCUGAAUGUUGAGGUAGCCCUGGUCAUCGGGCCUUGA